AAGUACAACCAGCGUCAAAAUACAUCAUGGCGGACAUGGGGACUGACAGUUCAAGUAAAGACGAAACUAAACCUAUGUGCAAGUAUGGUGAAUCUUGCUACAGAAAGAAUAAACAACAUCUUUCUCAGUUUAGGCACACGAAGCGGAAAGGGGAUGCUCGAACGGCUGUGAAAGAGAAUCCUGCCAAAAAGAGGAAGAUUGAAUCACCGACAAAACAGAAGAAAUCUUCUUCAGACUCUUCUACUAAGAUAACUUCACCGGGUGACGAAGAAGACGAUGUGAAGAAGAUAGAAAAAGAUGAAGAAGAAAGAAAAGAGUCUGAGAGUAAAGAUGAAGCAUUACCUCCCGCACCAUCAGAUGUCAGAGAAGAAAUUAAAAUGAAAUUCUUGGUGGAAAUGCCAGAAGAUUUUUAUGAGUUCUGGGAAUUUUGUAAAAGUCUUGAUGCAAGGAAUCCGACAG